GUUUUUCGUGUUGACUCACUGCAGGUAAUUGUAAAGGUGCAAUGCCAGGUGUGCAGACAGUUAGAAACGGUAACAAAAUGAAAGUAACAAUGAGUGUGAGUGCAAUGGGCACACUUAACACAGUAACACCAAAAUGCAUUAGGCAUUGCGUUGGUAACAGAAUCACCUCGAAUCUUGAGCUUUUCAACUUGCACACACAAUUUUCGUUCAUCCAAUCCACCCACUUCUUCACACCUCUAUUUUUGAAUUUCUGAUGUCUCUCGUUAUCUCUUCACGCAAACGCUAACAUUGCUAACAUGUCCUCUCAUGCGCCGUCAGAGGACACGUUUUUCCUCCGCCAGAGCGACGCGUGGCUUAGCAGCUGCUGAUCUCUCUGCCGGCAUGCUUCGGGAGACCAAAGUCCUCCACUUACGGCGCGCCGUCGCCGCCUCGUUCUUCUUCGCCACCGUUUCCCUCUCUUUGUUGGUCCUCUUUGGAGACCUUAAUUCUCGUAGAUUCUUCUCCACCUUCCAUUACUCUUAUUCCCUUUCUAGCAUUUUUCCAUCGGUGUACAACGAUCCCGUUGCGACUAGCAAUGAAUAUCCACUCGAAAAGGUCCUGAAUGACGCUGCUAUGAAAGACAGAACAGUAAUCUUGACCACGUUAAAUGAAGCAUGGGCAGCUCCAGAUUCAAUCAUUGAUCUUUUUCUUGAGAGCUUUAGAAUAGGAGAUCGUACCCGUUCCUUUUUAAAUCAUUUGGUAAUCAUUGCAUUGGACCAAAAGGCAUUUGCACGCUGUCAGGUUAUACACAUUCAUUGCUUUUGUCUAGUUAGUGAAGAAACCGACUUUCGUGAAGAGGCGUACUUUAUGACUCCUCGCUACUUGAUGAUGAUGUGGAGAAGGAUUGAUUUCCUACGUUCUGUUCUUGAGAUGGGAUACAAUUUUGUGUUCACAGAUGCCGAUGUCAUGUGGUUUAGGAACCCAUUUCCACACUUUCACGUUGAUGCAGAUUUCCAGAUAGCGUGCGAUCAUUUCACAGGUAGAUUUGAUGAUGUAAACAACAAACCCAACGGAGGGUUCAACUUUGUAAAGUCCAAUAAUAGAUCAAUAGAAUUUUAUAAAUUCUGGUACUCUUCACGAGAAACCUAUCCUGGAUACCAUGAUCAAGAUGUCCUUAACUUCAUCAAGGCUCAUCCUUUCAUUACUUAUAUUGGACUGAAGAUGAGGUUUUUGGAUACAUCUAAUUUUGGUGGUUUUUGUGAACCAAGUAGAGAUUUAAACCAUGUUUGUACCAUGCAUGCAAACUGUUGUUUUGGUUUGGAUAGCAAGCUUCACGAUCUCAGAAUAAUGCUUCAGGAUUGGAAACAUUAUUUAUCUUUACCUCCAAGUUUGAAGAAGUUGUCAGUUGUUUCCUGGAGGGUUCCUCAAAAAUGCAGCCUUGACUCUCUCAGGCCCCAUGAUGCACCAGAAAGGAGUCCUGAAGAAUAAAGUGUUAAUUCCAUACAUAUCUGACUUAAAUGUGGAAGUUCAACUGUGCACUCGGAUGAAGGUAUGGAUUAGGAUAAUCAACUUUGCUAAACCGAUAUUUGAUGGAAGAAUUCUUCCAAGUAAAAUUACCUUAGGCAAUGUGUAAGAUGUAAUAAGCUGUUUAAUUCGUUGAUUUUUUUGUGUUUUCCUAGAGCAAAUUUUCUAACAUUAUGGUACUGGAACUAUUUUCUUAGCCUCAACAAUCAACAUCCAUGCCUUCAUCUUUUCCCUCAAUAAAGAAAUUCAGAAACAGAAACCCAA